GACAUAUUCAAUGUGUGAUAUACAGCAACAAGAGGGAAAAAAAAAAAAAACUAUUGCUACUCACAACGUGGAUGGAUCUCCUAAUCAUCAUGUUAAAAAAACUUAAACAUAAAAAGAAUACAUGGUGAUUGGCUCCAUUUAUAUAGGUUCAAAAACAGACAAAAGUAAUCUAUGGUGUUAGAAGUAGUGAUUGUCAGGGGACAAUCUGGCAGCUUUAGUGGUUCUAUAUUUUAUUUCUGGAUCUGAAUCUAGGUGUUAAUUACACUGGUUUGUUCAGUAGAAUAUUGGGCAGUGCCUAUAUAUAUUAUAUAUUUAUACAUAAAUGUAUAACAUAUGUAGUAUAAAUAUUUUUAUAUAUUACAUAAAAGUUCACUUAAGUGUAGAUGAAUCUUCCUGUUCAUUAGCUGUUUCUUCAGCCUUGCCUUUCGGAAGUGAUUCUGCGCUUUCUUAGCCGGAAAGCGGAGUCACAAGGCGUCAAAGCCUCCUGCAUAGAUUUAGCGGCCAAGGCCGCCCACGUUGAACGGCGCACAGCAGGCAGCCUCUCGACCCUCCGCUGCUCUCCCAGCCGCCUGCCUCCUGCGGUGUGUGCGGUCAGGAGGGGUCUCCUCGCGCCCCCAACUGCCCUGUAGUCAAGCGUACGGCCGUUAUUCGGGCUGCCAUCCAGGACGUCCAGCCAUGUGGUGCCUUCUGUUUCUGCUUCUGGGGCUCAUCGGGCUUCAGACAGACGAUAAUUCAGAAAGACUACGUGUGCAAAUUACAGUUCCAGAGAAAAUACGGUCAACGUCAAGUGGAGGAGUUGAAACAUACGUGUCCUACAACAUUGUAAUUGAAGGGAAAACGUACACUGUGAACCUAAUGCAAAAAGUUUUCUUACCUCAUAAUUUUAGGGUUUAUGGUUAUAAUGGCACAGGAAGUAUGAAACCUCUUGAACAACAGUUUCAGGACUUAUGCUACUACCAAGGGUAUAUUGAAGGUUAUCCAAAUUCUAUGGUGAUCGUUAGCACAUGUACUGGACUCAGGGGCUUACUACAAUUUGAAAAUGUAAGUUAUGGAAUUGAGCCCUUGGAGCCUUCAAUUGGUUUUGAACAUGUGAUUUAUCAAGUAAAACAUAGGAAUACAGGUGCUCCUUUAUAUGCUGAGAAGGAUAUUGAGUCAAGAGAAGAGCCCUAUAAAAUACAAAGUGUAGAGGCACCUGCAGACUUCUCUCAGUAUAUAGAAAUGCAUGUUGUAGUUGAAAAAAAUUUAUAUAAUCAUAUGGGUUCUGAUACAACUGUUGUCACUCAAAAAAUUUUCCAGUUGAUUGGAUUGACCAAUGCUAUUUUUGAUUCAUUUAAUAUUACAAUAAUUCUAUCUUCAUUAGAGCUUUGGAUAGAUGAAAAUAAAAUUCAGGUAACUGGAGAUGCCAAUGAAUUAUUACGCAGAUUUUUAAAAUGGAAACAAUCUUAUCUUGUUUUGCGUCCACAUGAUGUGGCAUUUUUACUUGUUUACAGAGAAAAACCAAAUUAUGUUGGUGCAACCUUUCAAGGGAGGCUGUGUGAUAAAUACUAUGGAGGAGGUGUUGCUCUGCACCCCAGAACCAUAAGUCUGGAAUCACUUGCAGUUAUUAUGGCUCAAUUACUGAGCCUUAGUAUGGGAAUAACUUAUGAUGACAUCAACAAAUGCCAUUGCCCAGGAGCUGUCUGCGUAAUGAACCCAGAAGCAAUUCAUUCCAGUGGUGUGAAGAUCUUUAGUAACUGCAGUAUGGAAGAUUUUGCGCAUUUUAUUUCAAAGUCACAGUCCCAGUGUCUUCAAAACCAGCCACGUUUAGGUUCAACAUACAAAGUGGCAGUUUGCGGUAACGGAAAAGUCGAAGAAGGAGAACAAUGUGACUGUGGGGAUCAGGAGGAUUGUGCAGCUCUGCCAGACCCAUGCUGUAACCAAGCCACAUGUAGACUCAAUGUUGGGUCAGCUUGUGCUACUGGACCGUGCUGUAAUGCUUGUGCUUUUAUAGCAAAAGGACAAGUGUGUAGGGCUUCCACUGAUGAAUGUGAUCUCUCUGAAUAUUGCAAUGGUACAUCUGCAGCAUGUCAAGAAGACCUUUAUGUUCAGGAUGGGCAUCCAUGUGCAGAGAAUCAAUGGAUCUGUGUGAACGGAAAAUGUAUGAACGGGAUAAAACAAUGUUUGGAAAUAUUUGGUGAAGGUUCAGGUUUUGGUACUCAAGAGUGUUUUGAUCAACUUAAUUCUAAGACUGAUCCAUCUGGGAACUGUGGCUCAAAUGCUUCAGGGUACACACAGUGUAAUCCUAAGGAUGUGCGAUGUGGAAAAUUACUGUGUACAUAUGACAAAGGAAUUAUAAUUAAUAUUCCAAAUGCCACUGUUUUGUAUAGCAACAUAGAUGGAAACAUCUGCGUUGGACUGGAAUAUGCAUAUGAUGAUAAAGACAGCGGAAACAUGUGGGUAAAAGAUGGAACUGUUUGUGGUCUAAAUAAGGUUUGCAAAGAUAAGAAAUGUGUAGAUUCUUCAUUCUUGAAUUACGACUGUACUCCAGAAAAAUGCCACAAUCAAGGUCUAUGUAAUAAUAAAAGGCACUGUCACUGUAACCCUACAUAUUUACCUCCAAAUUGCCUAGCUUCACUAGAGUCAUGGGAAGGUGGGAGUAUUGACAGUGGCAACUUUCCACCCUCAGUACCAGGCCUACCUGACAGGCGCUAUAUUGAGAAUGUUUACUAUUCCACACCUACGAGAUGGCCAUUUUUCUUACUCAUUCCUCUUUUCAUUAUUCUCUGUGUACUGAUUGCUACACUGGUAAAAGUUUAUUUCCAAAAUGAAAAUUGGAGAACUGAGGACUAUACAAGCGAUGAGCAAGUGGAAAGUGAGAGCGAGACCAAAGACUAGCCUGGAAAACAAAGAAUCCAUGGUAUCACAAUUCUCAGCUGACAUCUGCAUUCACCUUUCCGGAUUCAUAACGUAUCGAGUUCUGCUUUCUCCACAAUUUGUUGGUAUGCUUCCUUUUAUUUGAUAUGAACCGUGACUCUAUCACUUCGCCGCACUGGAGGAGCUGACGGUCAGAAGAGCAACUCCCCAGCUACAGUGUGGAUGACCGCUGAGGCUCAAAAUACUUCUCCUACUACUGUCCCAGCACUUCUCCCUUUUCCCCCAUGUGUUUGUUUUAAGCAAGUUCAAGGAACAAGAAUGUCUAUCCUAUGCCUGUCUCACCUUUGUUUUUUGGAAGCACAUAACUUGUCUGAUUUCACACGUUCAUAAAUGGCGAAGAAUUUUCCCUCAAGAUGAAUCAUACCUCAAGUCUCACCCAUUCCUGAUGUAGAUGAUAUUUAGAAGAGACGUUGUAUUUGGAAUUUAUACUGAAACGGGUUAAGACUUUUGGAGCUACUGAGAUGGGGUGGACAUAUUCUGCAUAAAAGGAGGACAUGAAUUUGGGGAGCCAUACGAUGGAAUGUUAUGGACUGAAUAGUGUUCCCCCAAAUUCAUAAGCUGAUUUGAAUCCCUAAACCCCAGUGUGAUGGUAUUUGGAGAUGAGGCCUUUGGGAGGUAAUUAGGGUUGAGAUCAUAAGGGUGGGGUCCUAAUCUGAUGGAACUGAUGUUCUUAUAAGAGGAGGAGGAGACACCAGAGAGCUUUCUCUCUCCACACACACAGAGGACUCAGCAAGAAGGCAGCCAUAUGCAAGCCAGGAAGAGAGGUCUCACCAGAAACCGAAUUUGCCAGCACCUCGAUCAUGGGUUCCCAGCCUCCACAGCUGUGAGAGAAUAAAUUUCUAUUGUUUAAGACACCCAGUCUGUAGCAUUUUGUUAUGGCAACCAAGCAGACUAAUAGUGUAUUUUCAUGAAAGAAUGGAUGAGGUCAUUUAUUCCCUAGGCCAUCCAUUGAAGGGAGAACUAGCUGUGGAACACCAAACAAGUGAUUACCAGUGGACAGUGGGAAGGGGGGAGGGGAAAGGGAUUAAAAGGUAUAAACUUCUAUGUAGAAAAUAAGCUACAAGGUUAUAUUUGUGCAGCACAGGGAAUAGAGCCAAUAUCCUAAUAACAUUAAAUGGACUAUAAUCUAUAAAAACUUUGAAUCACUAUGCUGUAAACGUGAAACUAAUACAUUGUAAAUUGACUGUACUUCAAAAAAAACACUUUCCUUCCUAGUGAUAUUCAUUACCUAAUAGUCUAGAGAACUUCAGACUAGAAGACAAGAUGGUUUAGUAUUAGAAAAUCUUCAAAGGCAAUAUAAGACAAUAUAAUCAGUUCAAUAGAUGCCUUACACAUAUCUAAUAAAGCCCAAAAUACAUUCCUGAUUUUAAAUAAAAUUGGGAGAGAUAAAUAUUUUCUCAACAAGAUAAAUAUUGAAUCAAAAGGAGCAACCUUUUCAUGAGACAAUAUUAGAAGUAUUCCUAAGAAGUGAUGAUAGCCUCUUUCAUGAUGAUUUCCUGUUAUUCUGAAUGGAUUACCCAAUACAAUUAUGAAAUGAGAGAGAGAUAAGGUGAAAUUAACUGAAGAAGAGGAAAGAAAGGAAAAUUAUUAUUAAAGAGGUGUGGCAAAAUUAUUAACUUCAGUUCAUAUCAUUUAAAAAAUAUCAACCCCCUAAAAAAAUCAACUAAAAGCCUUUUGAAAAUGAUGGUAGUCCAUUGAUAAAAUGUACACACAAAAAAUCAGGUUUCCUAUAAUAAAAAGUAGCAAUUUAAAAUACAACAGAUCGGGCUUCCCUGGUGGCGCAGUGGUUGAGAGUCCGUCUGCCAAUGCAGGGGACACGGGUUCGUGCCCCGGUCCGGGAAGAUCCCAUAUGCCACGGAGUGGCUGGGCCCGUGAUCCAUGUGCUCCGCAACGGGAGAGGCCCGCGUACCGCAAAAAAAAAAAAAAAAAAAAAAAAAAAGAUAAUAAAAUACAA